UCAGACUUUAAAAAUAUUCUGUAUAUAGCUGUGUCCAUAAAAGAAAAUCAUUGUUGUGGAGGAAAAAAAUGUAUUUAGUGCGUGGUGUGGGUAGCAUGACAGAAAAAUUGAAAUAAUGAACAAAAACGCUACGUUCUCAGAUCUGAACGUGGAUUAUCAUCGGCCGAACAAUGGUUGGAAGUCGAAUUUGAGAGGUAAAAUUGGAAUUGCAGUUAUCGAGUUCUUAAUUUCUUCGACACUCUAUUGCUAUGGGAUCAUUCUGGCCGAGCAUGUUUUACUUGGAGUUCAAAGUCAUACGGAUGUACUGUGGACUACGUUGCUUUUCAUUUGCAGCUGGAAUUUUACAGAUCCGUUCUCGAGAUUCCUUUCCGAAUAUUUCGAAGACCGAAAAUGCUUGUUUUUCCGAUACCUGACAGGCAUAACGACCGCUCUUUUAUUUUUAGGCAUCCUAAUCCCCGGCAAUAUGAAACUGUACGCCCUAUGUGGAGGCCUUUUUAGUAACCUAAUAUCGACUCAAGUGAGAACAGUGGCGACAGAUAAGUUGGACAUGGAUCACAACAUGUUCGAGGUCAUCAGACAAGUAUCCAGAGCUUUGAGCUUGUUUGUAAUGCCACAGGUAAUGUUCCUGUUGGUGUGGCACUACGAGGCGAACCAAGCAAAGUUAAUUUACGCGGCGGUGUUACUAAAUAUCAUUCCCAUGUUGUUUCUUAUUAAGACAGAAGCGGAAGAAAGAGACCUGUUCCCGGAUUUGGUGCGAUACCAAACAUUCGGACGAUUCACAUACAAGAUGACUGAGUUACGUGAACUCAGUGUCGCUCCACAAAAAACUACGGCAGAAUCCACGUCAACUGACGAUUCUUCCGACGAGGAAAUCAUCUUGGACACUAAAAGCAGCCAAAAUGUCGCCGAAAUACCGGGGGACCACACGGUGGCGGACUUGGUUGCGCCGCAAUCUUAUCUGAAUCCGGUGAAUGUUCAGCACUACUUCCAAAACGCGGGCGUCAGCAUUUUGCCGGGCAUACCCGAAGAAAACGAAGAAGAAAACGACGACAAAAACACGAUCGACUCGAAAAGGCUCAGCAAAAUUAGUGCCAAACUGGAGGAGAUGAGCAAGUCCGGAAAUACCUACAAAUUUGACGUCGUUGUGGAACAACCGGACGUGAUCAGCAGGAUUGAAUACAUACCGAACUUUCGAGAAGAAAGGUCCAAAUCGUUUAUAGACGAGCUGAAGUCUUUUAAUAGGUCUAAACACUGGUUUGCGUGUACUCCUUACAGAAAAUAUGUCUGGGGUAGACGCCUCAGGUCCUUGAAAGAUUUUGUGGGAGACAACAUCUUCAGGCCUUCGUUUACGGCCGCAAAAACUUGGUAUUUUUAUCCCGCGCUGACCUCGAAAGUUAUCGGUGACAUGAUUCCAGUAUUAUACAUAACCCUCGCACCAUUCAUGGCCCUAGAGAGAAGCUGGAGACAGGAAAGAUUUUUCACGACCGAAAACGCGACUUUCCUGUUGACCUACGUGGCGUUCGCUUGGUGCUUCUUUCUGCUGAGCCUGCCGCUUAUUGCCAAAAUGUCCAAUACAAAACUCAGAUUCGCGUUAAUAUUUGGAUUAAUGGUAACAGGAACCAGUAUGAUCGCGCUUUUCGGGAAGCUGACCAACGACGUCAUUACGUUAAGUAGUCUCCUUUUCGGAGUGGGAUACGGCAUAGUCAGCUAUACGGAGAAGAUAGUUUACAGAGCGUUCAUAGGGAUGCGUCAGUGGCAUCUGGUCCGCGGUCCUUUAGAAAUAGUCUCCGGCAUUUUAAUAAUCGUUAUUUAUUAUUAUAUUUAUUUUCACAAGUUAGAUUUACGUUUUUUGCUGCUACUGGCCGCACUAGCGUAUUAUUUCAAUGCCUGUUUGUGGUUACUAUUUCCGUUUGUAAAAUGUGCAGCAAAAAGUGUUAAAGAAACCUUUUGGCGCAAAAGAUCCGCAGAAGAUUUCUUCACUUAGCAAAUAUAUAUGCUCCUAUCAUUUAUUUAUUGCGAGAAAAAAUUGUUAUGUAUCGUAGACCCUGAUUGUGAUAAAAAUAAUGGAAGCAUUAAUUUGCCUUUGUUUUUAACUCAAAGGCGUAGGGAAAUUGAUGCGUCGCAAGAUUUGGUCGUAUUUUGGAAAAAUACUGUCGAAUUCAAGGACUAUCCACGUAUCUCCCAAAAUAUAUGAGAAACUUUCAUUACCCAUGUAAAUACGUUUUUAGGCAACCAGAUAAUCAUAGGGACUUGGAUCGGAUACCUACCAGACUCUCGAGACUUUUACAAUUUUAUAAUUAGAGAAAGGGGAGAGAAUGUGGAUUUGUGGUUCUAGCCUUACGUGUCCGUUUCUGGUCAGUAGGCUCGGUCGUAUGUCACCAGCCUAGGCCCAGUGGUCAGCGUGCUAGGUGGCCCGGGCCAGAGCACUUCAUUGCGAUUACGUUGCGUGAUUGAAAUAGAGACCUAUAUGAAUUUUGUUAUUUUGAUAAACGUAUAAUCGUCUUAGAAUUAUUUGAAAAUUCAACUGCUCAAUUGUAUUUUUAUCAUUAUACCAGGCAACCCAAUAUACACCUACAGGAAACAAAAAUUGUUUUC